AUCAACCAUGCACCUCCUCAAGAUCGGCGCCCUCCUCGCCCUCGCGCAGACCCUCCGCGCGGCGGAGAUCAAGAUCCGGACGACCAACCCGCCGGCCAACUCGUACGUGUCGCACUGUUCGGUGAUCCUCGAGGACGAGCUGUUCGGCUGCAAGGGCUCGUCGAAGCCGUUCAAGAAGUCGUGCGGCCGCAACACGGGCGUCCAGACCAAGUCCAUCUGCGGCGACGCCUCGGUCACGGUGGACUGGUACAGCGCCGUGCUGACCUUCGAGAGCGCCGACGGCCGCACCGCCAACUGCACGCUGAGCUCGACCGAGACCGAGGGCCACUGCAACACUGACGACCCGGACGCCUUCCCCGUGGAGCAUAACGGGGCCGGGCGGUUGUUGGGGCCGCACACUGUGUUUUGGGGGGUGGCGCCUGUUGUUGCGGGGUUGUUGCUUUGAGUGAGGUUUUCAACCUGGGGUAUUGUUUUGGUGGGAUGUUAAGAUUUGGCUAGGGCUUGUGAACAACGGCAACUGAAGUGUGUGCGGGAAAGUCAGGAAAUCCUCAUCAAGGACAGGACCAGGUGUGGGGUGUGACUCUAGCCACGACAGCACUACAGCUUGGCUACUUUGAGGGAACCGGAACGGGAUCUUAUAUUUCUAUAAUAUUUUUAUCGUGUACUGUACAUAGUCAUAAUGUUGAUAUCCAUUGGGUG